UUCCCCUCCUUCUUCCUGACUUCCCUCUACAAUCCAAACCCUGAACACAAUGUCUUCCUAUUUUUCUUCCAUUACCUCUUCCUCUGCCAUUUCCAACCUAGGAACACGCCUCACCUCCCUGCGCCGCGCGAUCACUUCAGGUGACGAGGCAGACGACCCCGAUAACGAAGAUUGCUCGCACAUCUCCAACGUUCUCCGCGCGUACUACACUGAAAAAGGCCGCCCUUAUCCGUCAUGGCUCCCACCGGACCCGAAAGAACGCUCCCAAGCUCCCUCACGGACUAUUGCAACCUCCAAUGUUAACCCAAAUUCGAGCAUGUCUUCCGGUCGAGGCGGUGGGCUGGCGGAUCUGUGGGGAGAUUCAGGUGGCGCUGCACCUCCCUCCCAGACAGCCAGUUUGCGACGAGGACGAGGCGCUGUCGGGUCAAGCCACUCACUUCCCACCCAAACACCCUCUUCACACUCAGCCUCGACAUCACUACACCCUACUGGAUCACGACCACUGCCUAGUCAGCGGGCUGCAUCUUAUCAGACAGCCCCGGGGCCGUUAACCCCCGCACCACCGCUGGAACGGGCGACGUCUGCUCAGGAACGGCUACGUGCGAGGCUUCAUGGGGGCCGGUCCCCUAGUCCAAACCAAUACCCUGGUGCCUCCGAUCCUAGUGCUCGGAAGCCAGUCGGGAUGAAUCCAGGGCCGGGCCGAAUUCGAUAAACGGACGGCUUCUGUCUACUUUUUUUUUAUUUUUUAUUUUUUUUUUUUUUUGUCUGUCUGUUCGCUGCGGCAAUUACUGCGACCACUACUACAAGAUAAUAGAAUAAUACGACACGAUGAUAUGAUGAC